CACAACGAUGUCACUACAAUUGGCAUAAGAUCCGUUUCUGAUUAUACACUUUCAGGUUCAACAAGCGAUUUUCCUCAUUGUUGUUGUGACAGCCUCUUUCUGACGUUUCUGCUACUCACCUCAGUAUUUCUGAAGGUGUCGUGUCUUUCUGAACUCGAACGAACCAACAUCCUUUUCAAGUUUCAUUGUCAACCUUGAACUAUUGAGUGUCAUCACCAUGGAUGAGGACAUGUAUUUCGAGCCGACCCCCGUUUCUUUGUCGCAACCUCAAGACGAUCCAUAUCAUCACCAGCACACAAAUGGCUUGGAUCCCCACAGGAAAAUGUUGGACCUGGUAUUCGUCCAAGAUUGUACUGGUAGCCAGGGCAGCUACAUCUCUUCCGCUACCAAGAACAUCGAGCAAAUUUGCGGCGCCAUCUAUGAGUCUGGACGACUGCAAGCGCUAGAGGACCUUCGAGUGGGCUUGGUAGCGUUCCGGGACCACCCUCCACAAGAUCACACAUAUAUCGUCAGGAACUUUGGGUUCUCCUCGGAUAUUAGCAAGGUGCACAAAAACCUCUCUGGCCUGUAUGCUUCCGGAGGCGGGGACGGACCGGAAGCUGUCACCGCUGCUAUGGUCGAGGCUCUCAAUAUGGAAUGGCGAGAGAACGCGAGUAAGAUGGUUGUCCUCAUUGCUGAUGCCCCUCCUCAUGGCAUUGGGGAGUACGGAGAUGGCUUCGAUGAAGGGUCGCCGGACGGGAACGAUCCCCUUGUCAUCGCACGCUUGAUGGCCAGUCGUGGAAUUACCCUGUUCUUUGUUGCUUGCGAGCCUGCUCUUAGCGGAUAUCAGUAUGCGACCGAUUUCUACAGAGCAAUAACUAACAUCACCUCGGGGUUGAUGUUACCGUUGACCACAGCAGACCUACUCUCCCAUGCCAUUGUCGGGAGUGUUCUCGAGAACCUCGACAUGGAGAGAUUGGUGCGCGAAGUGGGGCACGCUAGCGUGGAUGAUGUCGCUCGAGAGCUGCAUGAAAAGCUGCUGUUGCGAAACGAAAGUACGAAGAAGGUGGUCAUAGAGAGCAUCUACAAGGACUCGGAAGAGUCCCGGCAUAAUGUUGCUGUGUUCACCGAAGCUCCUUCGUUGGCGGACGCUCGUCCGCUAUUGAAGAAGGUGAAUGGCACUCGUUUCACAGAUAAAUAUCUUCAAGUUCGCGGAAGUCUAGCGAGAGCUAGCUAUUCCGUGUAUACCCCGGCAACACCUCCACGCUCUCCGCUUAGGUCGCCUUCCACGUCACCCUCCUCCAAGGGAUUCACGACGGGCUCACCGCCGCGCAAGGUAGUCACUGAUUUUGCAGCCUUUGGCGCUCCAGCAGACGCAAGCGUCUUCGGUACGGCGGUGGCGUCAACGCCUUUCUCGCUGGCCGGUGGGAAAGCAGCCUUUGGGGGAAUGCGAACCGGGCGUGGACGUGGAGUCUUUGAUGAUGACGACGAUGACGAUGACGAUGGCAGACAAAAGGUAGAAUUGAGAGAAGACUCCAUCACCCUUGAUCAAGCCCGACGCAUCGCUCUGCAAAGCGCUUGGAGGGGCGCAGGUAUCUGAUCCGCGUUCGUGAAACUUUUUCUGAUGUUUCGAUCUUCCCUUGUCAUUUGCAACUCACGUCCAUCUUUUCUCGCACGCACGCACGAUUUUCUUGUCUAGUACUAGUAACGUUUUAGAAAUCCAUCACCUGUUCAAUGUUCUUCCCUUUCAGUUCAGAUUGCUUGUCGACCGUCAGGUCUUAAUUCGGAACCUUGUAGUAGUAAACAUGUCAAAUAUAAUC